CAAAAAAAGGGAAAAUUUUAGUACAGCUUGUUGAAUGUGCCAAACUCAACUAUAUAAAGAUAUAACAUAAAAACUAUAAAAUACAUUCCAUUUCUCCGGCCACUAAAAAUCAUCAUCUUCCUUCUUCAGAUUUCUCAGUGUACUCUUUUCGUAUCGCUGUCUAGAUAGGAAAUAUUGAAGAACAUGUUAGGUUACAUGGCAAACAACUCGAAAUUACUAAGAAAUCUAUGUGACGAUUUUACUACGAACAGAAAGGUUAGAAUGAACGCGUUCAUUCGUUUAUAGUUGGUGAACAACAGUUGUUUACCCAAGCGUGUACGACCAUUUCCUGUGAAAAUUACGUUCAAUAUCUAAAAAUGUUUACCGGUGGAUAAGCUCGACUGACAAACAAUCGAAACUCUUAUUCUUCCGUGACAUUGAUAUCUUAUCGCAGAUUAGAUAGAGUUCGAUGUAAACGUAAACUAUUAUACCUGCGUUUACACGGAACCAUAAAUAUAUUAUUUUCAUGUAACGUUUCUUUUCUUGAAUCUAAGCAUGUAUUCGACACGAGGAACCAGUUGAAUACGAAUCGUUCUCUCAGAAUUUUAGCGAAAAUUAAAGAAAACGAUUGAAAGUGCGCCGAAGUUCGCGCUGGUAGUCGUUCGGAUAGAAUCAAUAUGGCUGCGUCCACGGCAGUGAAAUAAUCACAUCGUAGAGGUUAGGUUUCCGCCUCUGGGAUGACGGUAUUACUUCACUUAUCUGGCUUCUGGGAAACGUUCUCGCGUACGAGAUGGUGUUGACAACGUUAUAUUGGAGUCUGUCGAUUCCGAAACGAUUUCUCGUUCUGCUCGUACAAUGCUCGUCAUGUCGUCGAGCGAUGGUAAACAAAUUCUGGUGUCACGAGGUAGCAAGAAAGUGGUUUCUGAGGAAGGCCGAGCCACCGCAUGCGCGACAGUUCUCCGAGCCGAAAUGUCAACAGCACGUGGCUACCUGGUACCUGCUCUACCGUUGGUUGAUCUUCUUAGCCUGGACCUGUAUCAUCGUGUGUUCGAUCUUCGAGUUCGGUAGCUACAAGCCCAUGAUCGCUUACGACAAAUGGCCGAUAUACUUGACCAACUGGGACUUAAUGUUGGGCCUGUGUCAGGCCCUGCUCGGCGGGCUUCUCGUAUCGAGAAGAUGGAAACUGCAAAAAGUAUCAGACUUCAAUCCAUCUACGUUAACGAUAGGUUUUACAGAGAGGGCUUAUUGGUUCUUUUACAUCGCAACCACGGGUACGGCGUUUUGCGUAUCUAUCUCCUAUUGGUGUAGCAUUUACGAUCCUAAAGUUCAUCAUCUAGACCCUCUGAAUAUAAUGUUACACGUAUGCAACAGUGUUCUAAUGACUAUCGAUUUCUGCGUAACGAACGUCCCGUUUAGAUUGAAAAACUUUUGGUGGUGUUUGUCUAUACCGUUGUUGUACACUAUUUUCUCGCUAAUGUAUUAUUUGGCCGGCGGUUUAGACAAGAACGGCGAACAUUAUAUUUAUAAGAUCCUCGACUGGAAGAAACCGUUACGUAGUUCGCUAGUGUGCGCUGGCGAGUUCGUAUUUAUCACCGUCGUGUAUUCCAUAGCAUGUCUUCUCGAGCAAAUUAAAAAUCAAGCCUACGCUAAAUUCGUCGCGAAAUCGUACACGGUGACGAAAAAUUCUGUUACGGAAAAACGUGCCGAUAUAGUUUAAAAAAUCGUAGGCUAUUUCCUAUAACGAUCCACAGUUCCAAAGUAAAUUAUUGUUUGUACAUUUUAUUAUUCCUCGUAUUACUCGUAAGUUAUAGUUCAAAGUAUUAAUACGUCAUUUUAUAAGUAAUCUCACUUGUCUAUGAUUAAGGAAUUACAAAUAGGGCCCUAGUCGAGGGAAGAGGUGGUUCCCAGUUUCAUGCUCAUUCAACGAAAUGUAUCGUUUUAAAAAUAGCUACGUAAAUCUAUGAUAGGAAUUGCAAUUUGAUCGUCGGUUUGAUUUUUACGUAAGAUUCCUGAUUGUUAAUUGCGUCUACAUCAGCGUGAUGUAAUAUGCGCGCAUAAACAAACUUACGAUAUUCGCGCAUGCGUGCUCGACACUAUUCACGAUACAGUAUUUCGAGAAAAAAACAAAAACAAACGAACAUUCCUAAAGCUAUGCUAUAAAAUAUGUAUGGAAAGUACAAUGUGUUGCAUUGCAAAUACAUCAUUUUUGUUUAAUAUAAAAAUAUCUGAAAGUAACACUCGUCACUUUGGGAAACGCGGAAAGGCACAUAGUUAAAGCGUGCAGUAUAAAUUUUAGAAAUGCGAAGAAUUUGUGUAGAAAAAUUGUGAAGAAAAAUUAUGUAUAGAGAAUGUGUCCGAUGUAUGCACAUAUACACGUUUAUAGAUGUGAAAGCAUUUAAUUUUAGUCCAUUAUACUUUAUCAUUGCAUUUGAUAUCGAUGUUGUAAACACAUCUCGAAAUUAUUUAUCUUUAAUACUAAGUCCUUGAAAAUACAAAUAGUUUGAUAUUUUUAUUAAAGGGUAUUCGAUCUUUUAGGAAAUAUGUAAUAAAUAUUCAAAUACUUGCGAUAUUUUUUUUUUAAGUAUAAAGUACAUCGAUCUAUAAUUUUACCUAAAUACGAAAUACUACAUAUUCACAGAAGUAGAAUACCACUUUAAUUCUUCAAACUAUCAAAUUAUUCAUACUAAGUGAAAAUUCAUACUGUAUGAAUGUGUAAAGCUAUUUAUAUCCUACGAAAAACCGUAUUAAUUUUUCUUUUUAUACAUAUUAGCUACUGUAUAUACGUAUAAGGUUCCAGGAGUGUUAUCUAUAAUGGAAGAACAGCGGAUGAACUUUCUGGAAAAAUAGCAACGAUUUAUUAAUAAAAUAACGAUUUGAAGCAA